AUGACUCGCAUUCUUGCGGUGAUCCUUGCAGCCUGUUUGGGCCUCCACACCGUUGCGGUUCCUGUUGCAGCUCCCGUUGCCGAUAUCAUUGUUAGGGUCGACUCCCAGAUCAAUGCUCGGUGCAAAGCUCCUUCCAUCUGGAUUGAACUCAUCACGUCGCAGCUUCAGCGGGGCUCUAUCAGGUGUCGAGAUACAGAGAAUAUUAUGGUGCUCGCAUCAGCAUAUUAA